CACCACAGCCACAACCACCACCAAAAACCACCACGAACCACAUGAGCUUGAACAAGAUCAAAAAGCGCGACAGCUCCGAUUUAUGACUGAUGCGUGCCAAGGGCGCUGGCAGCGCUGUCGGCGUCGGCGUCGGCGUUGGCGUUGGCGUCAGCGUUGGCAGCGGCAGUCGGUACAAGGUGACGGCCCGAUGUGUGCCAGAAGUGAGCAUCACAUCGCCCACCAGCGUCAGCCAGCUCCAGCUGCAGCAGCAACAACAACAUGAUGCACCCAACAAACACAUAACGCUGCUGCGCAGCCGCUCACAGCCAACGUCUAACAGCAUUUUCUCGCCAGGCUUGGGCUUGGCAGCGGGCGGCGUCACUCUGGUCGAAGAGGAGGACUUCAGCUUGAUAACAGCGGAACCAGCCAGUGGCAGCGGCGCCAGCAAGAGCGUGCUGCAGCGCCAGCUGGCAACAACCACCCAACUAGACGAGCAGCAACAGCAGGAGCAGCAGCAGCAACUGGAACAGGAGCAGCAGCAAUUGCAGCAACAACAGGCGCUGGGCGAGAUUGAGGCGCCCAACGAACUGACACCGCUGGUGGAGGAGCGGUGCGCCGCUGCCACUGCCACAAACGCUGUGGCAUCUGCACAAAAUCCAAGCACAUCGAACACGACCAAUCGCUACAGUCACAACUCGAAGACGACGCGCUCCUGGCCCGUCAUCUACCGCAAUCCGCAUCACUGCGACUACGAGGCGCUCUACGUGCAGCAGCAGUCGCCGACGCCGCCGCCGCCGGCACAGCAGUCGUCGCAGUCCUUUAAGCAGAACUGUUACUCCAAUCAGUUCAAGCAAUCGAUUGUCUACUCCAGCAGCAAUGAGGAGCUGCCGGGUGGACCGGAAGUAGCGGAUAUCACGCCACGCCAGACCACAUGUUACUACUUUGCGCCCAGCCGGCACAAUAGCAUUUAUGAGCAUCCCUCGUCCGUGGUUGGCGGCUCCUUGCAGUUCGACGCGGCCAGCAACGCAGCGACCACAGCAGCAGCAGCCGCUGCCGUCGAGAGCCUGAGGCGGAGCAACAGCAUCCUGCUCCGACAGAACAGCUGCGCCAAGGUCAUACAGCGCAGGGGAAGCGGCAGUGCCGGUGCCGCUGCCUUGGACACAUCCACAUCGCUUAGCUCACACAUGGACGGAAUGGGCAUGGGCAGUGGAACCGGAGCCAGCGCCUGCUGCUCCAGCUGCUGCAUGGGUCCUCCACCCGUGCUGUUCCUGUUCGUCACGCUGCUGAUGACCACCAGCGCCACGGCCAUGCUCUGCGCCGCCAUAAUGACUGACCACUGGGAGCACGUGACGUGGGAUCGCAGUAGUCUGGAUCGUUACUCGAACCGGUCGGGACUGCACCUGGAGUGGCUAUUGGACGAGCAGGUGGCCAUGCUCAAGCCAGACAAAAGAGCUGAUCACCGUUUCCGGCGCGACUCCGUUUUCCUGGUGCCCAUGCACGGCGGCAUCUGGACACUGUGCAUUGAUCUGCCCAUAGCGCAGCUGCAGGAGCUGCGCCGCAAUCCCAAAUUUCCGCGCGGUGCGCCGCCCUGUGUUAACUACCUGGCCGGAUCGAUGGAGAAUGCGCGCGGCGAGGAGCAGCGCAACGAUUGGCAGCACAGUGAGUCACAGGUCAUCACACUGCAGCCCCAUCUGAGAAUGCAAAACCUGUCCAUAUCCUGCUCACUAGUCUGUCUCAUCAUUCUGGGCAGCGCCGCAUUGGUGGGCGCCUUUGGCGUGUGCCAGCGUCAAAUAAGCGCCAUCCUUAUUACGGGCGUCAUGUAUCUGCUUGCGGCUCUAUUUGCGCUAUUCACGCUGAUGAUAAUUCACUUUAAGCGGCAGCAGGGACGCCCCAUGCUGGACAGCGACUAUGACGGCACCGUCGACGGCAUUGUGGCCCGGCCGGGAGGUGUGGCCAUUGUGGCCAAGCCGUUGCUGGGCGCCCGAGUAUUUCUAACCUCGUGGAGCCUGGAUCUGGGCUGGGGCGGCGUGGUGCUGUGCGCCAUCACGUCAGUGCUGUGGAUUCUGCUCUCGAAGAUCAUGCGCUACAACCCAUUCUCGGCUCUUAUGAUUUAGCUAAACGCCCUGCCGCUCGGCGGCUAUGGCAACUAUGAUAGCUACGAUAGCUAUAAUGGCUAUUAUGGCAGCUACGGCAGCACCAACAGUAGCAGCAGCGGCGCUAGCGCCAGUUUCCUUCUGGCGGGCGCCUCAACGUCGACGCGGCAUGCGGAGCACCGGGGCAAAGGCAAAUACAUACUCUGAAUUGUCCCAGCUCCCAACAAACAACUCAAACCUUGAUCUUAACUCUCCUGCUUCCACACUGUAUGUUUAACGGUUCAUCAUUUCGAUUUGUUUUGAAUGCGCGCCCUCUACUAAGUUGACAGUGUUGGAAAAUGUACCAAAACGCGAUAACCGCCUUGCCUUGUUCUUAUAUUAUAUACGUAUACUUAUAGAACCAAACAAACUUUAUCUGAAACUUGUAUUGUAAAUCAAAUUUACGAUUAUCUAUCUAUCUCUAUGUCUAUAUGAAACACUCGCAAUUUUUGUAUACAUUAUCUUUAAAUACUUAGCUAAUCUACACCAAACAACUUUACACACGCACACACACACAAUUAUAGGCCACGACUACAUUUGUUAUAUAGAUUUGAGAUGGUUCGGGAUUUAUUUACAAACUCCCAAACUGGGCUUUUGCUUCUGAAACGCUUAACUAGUAACAAUUUCGCGUGCUUAGCAAAUUUCUAGCAUAUUUCAAGAACUAAACUUAAUGGGCCUAUUUAAAAUUCUUGGCUAUACCAGUUUGUGUGUUUUCAAACAGCAUUAACCAAUAGAUCAAACUAAUACAACUAUCAAAAAUAUAGAUAUACUGUUUAUAGAGUGCUUUAAGCUAUGGUUUACAAAACUUAUUCUAUUUGUAUAGGUGCAUCCACUUGGAAAAAAAAAAAACAAACAA